CGCCGACUUCCUGGUUCGCGGAAGGUGGCGGAGCCGCGGCCGCCGCCGCCGGCCGGGUCGCGGGAACCGAGAGGCGGGGGCAGGGGCGGGGGCGGCGUCGCCGCGGUGCUGUCCCCGCGAGGCCGCGGAGGGCGCCGUGGGCCGGCCGCCGCUCGUAGCAGCGUGUCCCGGACGGGGUGCGGGCGUGCGGAUGCGGGGCGACGGCGGCCUCGCAGCGACAUGUGACCAUGGACCGCAGGACCAGGGAAAAUCCAGAAAGAACUUUUGACUUGGUAUUGAAAGUGAAGUGUCAUGCCUCUGAAAAUGAAGACCCUGUGGUGCUGUGGAGGUUCCCAGAGGACUUCGGAGACCAGGAAGUUCUACAGAGCGUGCCCAAGUUCUGUUUUCCCUUCGAUGUGGAAAGGGUGUCUCAGAAUCAAGUUGGACAGCACUUUACCUUCGUCCUGACAGACAUGGAAAGCAAGCAGCGAUUUGGGUUCUGCAGGCUCACAUCUGGAGGCAGGAUUUGUUUGUGCAUUCUUAGUUACUUGCCAUGGUUUGAAGUCUAUUAUAAACUUCUAAAUACUCUGGCAGAUUACUUGGCCAAGGAGCUGGAAGAGGAUUUGAAUGAAACUCUUAAAUCACUCUAUAACCACCCAGUACCGAAGGCAAACACACCUGUCAACUUGAGUGUGAACCAAGAGCUAUUUAUUGCCAGUGAGCAAGUUCUGAAAGAUGACCCCUCACUAAUGCCGCACUCCUGUUUCAUCACACCUGACAUAACUGGACUCCCAACAAUUCCGGAGAGUAGAAACCUGACCGAGUACUUUGUUGCCGUGGAUGUGAGCAACAUGCUGCGACUGUACGCCAGCAUGCUGCAUGAGAGGCGCAUCAUUAUUACCGCGAGCAAACUAAGCACUUUAACUGCCUGUCUCCAUGGAUCGGCUGCGCUGCUCUACCCGAUGUACUGGCAACACAUAUAUAUCCCUGUGCUUCCUCCACACCUGCUGGACUACUGCUGUGCCCCAAUGCCAUACCUGAUUGGAAUACACUCCAGUCUCAUAGAGAGAGUGAGAAAUAAAUCAUUGGAAGAUGUGGUUGUGUUAAAUGUUGACACAAACACAUUAGAAUCACCAUUUAAUGACUUGAGCAGCCUGCCCAGUGACGUGGUCUCGGCCUUGAAAAAUAAGCUGAAGAAGCAGUCCACAGCUACGGGAGAUGGAGUGGCUCGGGCCUUUCUGAGGGCUCAGGCAGCUUUGUUUGGCUCCUACAGAGAUGCUCUGAGAUACAAGCCUGGCGAGCCCAUCACCUUCUGUGAGGAGAGCUUUGUAAAGCAUCGCUCAAGUGUGAUGAAGCAGUUCCUGGAGACAGCAGUUAACCUUCAGCUCUUUAAGCAGUUUAUUGAUGGUCGACUGGCAAAACUUAAUGCAGGAAGAGGUUUCUCUGAUAUAUUCGAAGAAGAGAUCACUUCUGGUGGCUUCUGUGGAGGGAGCCCGCGGUCAUAUCAACAGUGGGUGUACACAGUCAAGAAAGGAGGCGCAUUGUUCAACACAGCAGUGACCAAAGCAACUCCUGCUGUACGGACAGCAUACAAAUUUGCAAAGAGCCACGCUAGACUGGGACUAAAGGAGGUGAAGAGCAGGCUGAAACACAAGGACAAUGAGGAAGAUUAUGGGACCUGUUCUGGUUUGGUACAGUAUACACCAGUUUACACUUUACACAGUGAAAAGGGAGAAAACAGAGAGAAGCAUAGCCUUUCCCAGCCAAUACCUAGUGAACAAAGCAAGCUGCCAAGUUCAGUUCCAGCUGUGCAUGUGCCUGGCUCCCGUGGACCACAAUGGCAUCAGCAUCUGUCUGCUGACCCUGAGAAAAAAACACUUCUCAAGGCACACUUGAAAAGGCCUCAUAAGAGCCUUGAUGGUACCCUGUAUGAUGAUGAUGAAGACAUUGAACGGGCAAGCAAGAUAUCUUCUGAAGAUGGGGAAGAAACGUGUGCUUACUUCUACGAAAGCGACGACUCUGUUGAAGCGCGGGUGAAGGCUCCUUACUCAGGUGAGAUGGACUUGCUGGGUGAGAUCUUGGACACGCUGAGCACACACAGCUCUGAUCAAGGAAAGCUGGCACCUGCAAAGAGCCUGGAUUUCUUCAGAUCCAUGGAUGACAUCGAUUACAAACCUACGAACAAAUCCAAUGCUCCCAGUGAGAAUAACCUGGCCCUACUAUGUGCUUCUGGAGACCAGGGAGAGUGGAAUCUUGGGCAGGAUGACAGCGCCCUCCAUGGCAAGCAUCUCCCUCCAUCCCCCAGGAAACGAGUUUCCUCCAGUGGGUUGACAGACUCCCUGUUUAUCCUGAAGGAGGAGAACAGUGAGAAGCCCCUCUGUGCUGACAGGAAAAGUGGCCCUGCUGUGGUGGAAAAGCCAGCUUCUACUUCAGGAUUGGGUUUCCAGCCCUCUGAGGCGUCCCAAACAGAUAAAGGAAAGCCAGAAGUGAAGCAAACACUAAGUGAGGCUUCAGAGGACCUGCUGGUACCUGGUCCCGGGAGCCGCCAGUCGACUUUUGUUCCCUGGGAGAAAGCUGGUAAAGAGGAUAAGAAGCCUUCUAAAGAUGUUGGACUCCUCCAAGAAGUAGUGUCAUUGUGUCACAUGUCAUGUGACUUCCAACAAGGUUUAAACAUUUCAGAAGAAAGCAGAAGUGAAAAUCAAACUUAAGGUACCAGUAGAGGGUCAGUUGCUUGCCUCUUGCCUUCUCCAGAGACAUGUGGAAUUACUUCCCCGUGAUGGGAACAAUAAAGAGAAUCACUGAUAGGAAUGGCAACCCUUACUGCUGUCUAGUCGGUUUCCUGGUUGUUCAUCUCAUGAAUCUAUAUUACCUAUUGGUUUCCCAGCGUAAGAUGAAUUCUACUGUGCUGUUAAAUCAGGUUCUAAUUUGUAUAUAGGCUGGAAGUGUGUUUUGAACUUAAGCUUUCCCAGUAUUUGGUGCUUAAUGCUGUUCAUUUUAUUUAAACUAAGUGUGCAUAUCUAACCCAUACAUAUCGCCAGUAGUUACCGUACUAAUCUGGCUGAGCAUGAACUGAUCAAGAUGUCAAAACUGAUCAAAAAUAGCCUGACACUGAUGAAACUGUUAGCCCACUAAUUGCCUUAAUCUUCCAGUUAUGUUAAGCAUACAGAUAAUGCGUGAUGCUACAUGCAAAGCUUGAAAGAGGAGUUAUCUCGUCCUGCAGAGCAAUAAUGCCUUUUUCUAUCAUGAAUUAAGCUCACCAUUCUUUUCUAGCUUAAAUGCAUUCUAGCAGAAAUAAUGUGUUUUUUAUGAAGACAUGUAGCCAUGUUUUCCAAGCAACAUGAAUGUGUCUAUUUACCUUCCAGUGAACUCUAUGAAGUGCUGAGUUACAAUGUGAAGUUCAAACUUUCUGCUUAUAAAGAAGGCCCUCCGACAAUGUUGGGUCUCAUGUACAUGUCAGCUGUGGUCCACCUCCACAACGGCAGACACCCUGCCGAGUCCAGCUAGGCCAUGCUCCUCUUCUCAUAACUGACCUGCUGUGAAGAGCAGUAGCCUUACCUUGUGUUUGCUUUUUUAAAGAAUUGACAUUGUAUUUUAAAUGUUCUAGAUUUAUAGGAAAAUGCAAAGCUUGUCCUGACUCCCCAUCCGCCCUGGCCUGUCUGUGCUGUUGUUAGCAUCCAAUGCGAAUGCGCUGCAGUGGCCAUAUCAUGGACUUGCCGCAUGGUGUUCAGAGCUCUGCCUGUCCCCUUCUGUCCCCUUUCUGUCCCCUUGUCACCUCAGAGUUCUAGAUCAUGUUCUACGAUCAUGUCUGCUGAGGUUCCUCCUCACCCUGGGACUUCACUUUCUUAGUUUUGAUGGCCUGGAAGUUUUCAGGAAUAUAGUUCAGAUGUCCAGCUCCUGGACUAUAUGUAGUAUUUCUCUCAUUAUUACACUGAGAUUAUAUAGGUUUGAGGGAGAAGAUCACAGAAGAAAAGUGCCAUUUUUAGUGUCUGAAGGGGUAUGCUGCAAGUACACGCCAUGUUGUGUUGACUUUGAACACCUGCUAGGGUUCUCACUCUUAAUUGUGUCCCCACACCUGUUUUCUACAGGCAAGCAGGAGGAAUGGAGGGAAAGAAGAGAGGAAGGGCAGGCACAAUAGAAUUAUUUAGAGCAGAGACGUAUCAGAAUACAUCCUUUGUAACUCUUUGUGGAUCCUGCCGCCCUCACAAUUACUGUUUAGCUUUGGAGCAUAUCUGAGAGCACAUGCAGAUCCCUAGGUAUGCACGUAGUGUGUUUGAACACGCCGUGUUUCUAGUCUAUACAUCCUCAAAUGUGAUGAUUGCUUUUCAAAAAAUGUCUUUUUUUAGUAAAAAAUGUUUGCAAAGCCAUUGGAGAACUCCAAUAAGGCCAUACUCUGAAGUAUUUACUUAAGGGAUAUCAUUUUAGCUAGAAUUUUAGGAGGUUUGUUUAACAUAGUCCUUAAAAUAUGUACACAGGUCAUUUUUCAAAACUGCAUUCCAAAAUAUAAAUAGGUAAUUUUACUUGAGGUAAUAGUUCCAUUAUCUGUAGUGGAUGAUGGAGCUUGUCCUUAUGAGGAUGGGCUCAUUAUAGAAGGAUAUAUUUAAUCCUUAUUUUUACAUAAUAAUAAUAUGCAAGGUUGUGAGAUUUUGCCUGUAUACAUGUUCUUCAUUAGUCCCAGUUUACUGAAAUAACAGGAAAGCAACACAUCAAAAGAGCUGAUUUCAGUGGGAAGAGGAAAAGUUAGUGUGGUAGUUACACUGCUGGGCAAGCUUUUCCACAGGAUUCCUGAACAGAAUGGAGAGCUUGUAAUGUCAUUUUUCAAGUGAGGUCUCUGUUUUCAUGUCAGAAUUCAUUGUCUAAAAAGUGAGACCAUCCUGACUGCAGCUUAAAACUCUGGCUUCCAGCCCACUUUCUUGAUAACGCCAUGGUUCUUUCUUGAUAAGGUCCAUGGUUCUCUACUUUGAGUCAACUUGUGAGAUGCUCUACUGGAACACUAGGCUAUUUGUGAAUAUUUAUCCACUCACAUAAUAAUGUCUUAAGCCACGUAAGUGAUCUGUGCCUUACUGCAACAAGCAAAAGCAGCUACUUUAUGGUAAAAAGAAAAAACAAAAUUGUACAUAUUAUUUUUAAAUGCCCAGAAAACUGAAAGCGAGUGGGUGCCUCAUAGCAUUAAAACCUUGAGUAUUUGAAGCCAGCUUUUAAACGAGACUUCCCAGUAUUGUGAUGGAAACAGUAGUAAAAAUAAGAAACCGUCAGGUGAACUCUGAUAUUUUACAAAAAAGAGUAUUUUUUUUUUUUUUGCUUUGCCCAAACCAAACCAAAUAUAAAUUCCCUGCUAUUGAAAAUAAAUGUUUCUGCUUGCAUUGUCAUUUUAGAUACUGAGCCCCAACAACUGGAGCUCCCAAAAUAAAUAUUUCAGAGGAGCUGCUUCUGCGUUACAAGAGACUUGAAUAACUCACGGCUCAGCUCCCACAUCUUGUGCUUUACAUGCCUCGAAACCUCUAAUAACUCAUGGCUCGUCUUGAGUCUCUCUCAGGCUUUGCAUCCAUGGCGGGUCAGGGGCUAAAGAUAGAAAGAAAAUGUCGGAGCUGCAGUUUUGUUAAAGUGAAAAUGUUACCGAAUAAAAUACAUUGGUGAUGACCUAGUCUCACCUACCUUAUGUAUCAGGUUAUGGCAUGCUUACUUUUCCAGUUCAGUUAGGAACUCCUUCACUGAGGAAAUAUUUAUUGACUUUUUGUACCAGGCAGGAGCAAGGUAUAAAAGCUAAGGACUUAAGGGUACGCAAGGAAACAAUUACCCAGCUCUGGGAAAUCAAUCAAAAGGGAAAGAAACUGCACGUGUUAAAAUAAUAAUUAAUAAUAAUAAUAAUAAAAUACAGUAAGGAUAUAUUUGCUUAAAUGGUACUCGCCCAAGAAUCAACAAUGAGUGAUCCUUUUUAAAAAUAGCUGCUUUAUUUAAAGUAUGUUCAAAUUACAGAAUCGUUAGCUCUUUUAGUAAUUAUGUGAUCCACUCACUAGAAUGCUGCUAAGGUCCCUCUUUAAAGGACAGAUUUAGAGGCAAUGCUCGCUCGGCUGAGGCCUUGCUUUGACCAUCCAUAGGAUGUGACGUUGUCUCUUUGCAGGGUCGAUGGCCACUUCCCCCAGUUCAGGAGUAACUUAGAGUACGUAAAGGAAGAACAUGGUCAUGUUGAUGGGAGUCCAGAUUUCACAUAAAAAAAAAAUCUUGGUAACAACAUUUUCUAGGUAGCCCUUUUCUUCUUAGCUAGUGGCAUGACUGUUAUUAAGAUCCUGUGCUGAUAUCUAAUGGUGUGACCCAGGAAUGCCCAGGAAGUGGUUGAUGAUUCAGCAAAGGGAAGAUUUCUGGUUAACAGCUAAUGACUAGGGACAAUCUUGCAAUCAACAGCUCUGCAUUCUUUCCUCAGAUUUUCCAGGGCAAGUUCAUCAUUUUUAUGAGUAAAUUGUCUCUGGAGAACUCCAUUGUUUGGUGUGAGUGGGUCUUCAAUCUGAGAAGGUAUUUGAAAAUCAGAAUAAAAAUUCAUAUGUAAACAACCCCUAAAUGUAGGCUCUCCCCAAGCAUCUUUUAAUGUAGGUAGUCAGUUUUUUAGUAGUCUAGUUCUCUGUGAGCAUUUUCCCACAUGGAGCCCAGAGUCCUCUUAGCAUCUGUUUUUUAAGGCUUCAAGAACUAGAAAGGCUUUGCAACAGCCAGUUGAUGUUAGGAUUUGUUUAUAAAAUAGGGAAUUAUGUAUACUGAGACAGAAAUAUUUUAUUUUGAAACAUAGGAUUUUGUGCAAUAUUUUUCUUGCAUUGUUUAGUUUAUAUAAAUAUGCACAUCUGCUUUUCUGGCAGAUGCCCUAAGGUCAUGUCUUUCAGUAUUUGCCUAAAACUGUAUGUAGCAAUGUUCUGUGUGAUUUCAGAAAAAAAAAAUUACUCUAUUAUCAGCAGAAGUGUUCUUGUUUCUUUAAAAUAAUUGUAGAUAUUGCAUUAUUAUAUCAUAACUAACUGCCUCAGCCACAAUAAAUAUGCAAUAAGAAAAUCAUGUUCCUUUGAUUAGUAUUGACAGUACUGUUACUGUAACAGAAAUGUUUGUGGUGUAGAGUGCUGGUUUUGUCUGUGUUCAUUUACCAGCUACUCUGUAGCACAAGAAUCUAAAUGGUAUAUUUAUGUGAUAACCAUGUAUGUAGACUAUGACGUCCUUUAUGUGAUAACCAUGUAUGUAGACUAUGACGUCCUUUGUGAUGAGUCUUUGUUGAGGCUUAUAAAGGGCAUUGCCAAUACUUUUUGACUGUAAAUUAAUUUUUUUGUAUGAUGUAUAGUUUGUUUAGCCUUAGAGUGUCUAUAGAUUUCUACUUUUAUUAUACUUGAAUGAGGCAGAAAGCACUGUGGGCAGUUUGUAACUCUGGAUGCAAAAUGCAGAUAUACCAAAAAAUAAAACAAGGUACUGAAGAGCAACGCUAAUGAAAUGCUUUAUAAUCCAGGAGUCCAUGUUUUUCAAGCCACAUUUUAGUGAAAUGAAGUAAUUGAAGAUAUACAGUCUUUUAUCUGGACGGUAUUGUCUCAAGUGAUUACCUCUUUGAUGUGUCAAAGGUAUGUGUCCUUUUUAACUUCUGUAUCAGUCCUUAGAUGAGCCUUGAGGACCAUCCAUCCUCCCUCCUUGGGCCAUGUGAUGGACAGAACAAAUCAACUACAUUGUGCGUAUUAGAUGCAUUGUCUGUGUGUGAAGUCACUAUGUUUUAGAUAGAGUAGCUUUCAUAGGUAAUUUUGAGAACUCAUUAAUAAUCAUAUACCAAAAACUAAAAACUAAAUUUUUAAAAUCAGUUAUUACUUAGCUGUGCCUAAAAACUCCUAGACAUAAAGGCCACACGAGGGACUCAGGAUUGAAUGUUUCCAAAGUUUGUGUUCAUUCCUUUAGCUGAGGAGUCGUUUGCUCAACAUACAACCAGUAGCUCAAAAAACAAAAUUCAGCAAAACAAAACAAAAUCCAUGAGCAGCGCGACACUGAGAUGUGCUUCGUUGCCCUUGUAGCUACAGUUUAUCAUCUCUGGACUUGAUUACUAUUGGGACGAUGUUCUGUAUAAAAGUAUUGCUUGGGAGUUUUUUUAAUAUGCAAAAUAAAAUGUUGAAUGACCUCUGCUUUGCCAUAAAGUACCCAUCAAUGUCGUUGAAAAUAAAAUUGGUCACAAUCUAA